AUGGCGUACGAAAUGACACCCCAGGGCCAAACUGUUGUGCAACAGCAAUACGCCACUGCGAGACGAGGAAUGUCACGAUGGUGGCCAGUCUCCUUCUUCAUCGCCGCCGUCAUCUUCUUCAUCAUUGGCGGAGGUCUCAUGGGUGCUUGGGCUGCUAGUUACGACUCUUGGGACGGCUAUUACAACAACGGGAACUGGUACGGCGCCAUUGCCUGCUUCGUUAUCGCCAGUUUACUCAAAUUGACGGCGUGGAUUCUUCUCAUCAUCUGGUGUGUCAAGGGGAGACGCACCCAAUCGUCGACGACUGUCACCUAUGUCAACGUGCCGCCGGUGAACAACACUUACACCAACGUUCCUCUGCAAGCGCCUCAGCAACAAUAUGCUCCUCAGCCGUACGGUGCUGAACCGAUCAAGUCGGCAACCCCUGCGCCUGUGUAUCAAAACGUCGAGACUGUUCCGAUGCAAUAUGGGGAGACGGCGCGAUACUGUGGUAACUGUGGCACGGCGGCUACGACGCCAUUCUGCGCUCACUGUGGCGGCAAGGUUUUCUGA